GGAACACACUAUUAUUCUCCCUCGCCCUCACUUUCUUCUCUUCCUUCUCUUCUCUCUCUUUAUUAACGUUUUCUAUCGGAACUUUAAAAAAGGCUUCUGAAAUCGAAUAAUCAUCUUUCUCCCCUCCUGUCUCUUUGAAACGUAGACCUCGGAGUGUGGGCUUCUCGCUAUUCUCCCUCUCUGGCGUGCACCACAGCCGUCUUUUCCUCUUGUGCUACUUCCCGGAAGAUCUGGUGCAUGCCUCGUCAUAUAUCCACAAAAACAACCUUGAGUCCGAGCACCAGGAAUUCUUUCAGACUGCUCGUCCACACUGCCAUUCCUUUGCUGAGGAUAAUCUCAUAACCAGCUUGUUUUCCUACUUUAUUUUAAUCAAGCUAGAGGGGCUUUGCUUUUAUUUCUUCCCUUUUUUUCUCUUUUCUUUCCCCGUGAUCGUGGUCGGUUACCCACUUACGACAAAAUGAACGUUACUCAGGUGUUGGAGAGCACUCUGUCGCCAGAUGCGACAACACGUACGAAUGCGGAACAGCAGCUCCUACACGCGGCGGAGGUUGAUUUCGCCGGAUACCUCGUUACCCUGGGCCAGGAACUGGCAAAUGAAAAUACCGCCUCUCACAUCAGAACUGCUGCGGGUCUCGCACUGAAGAACGCUUUCACUUUCAGAGAUGCUGCCAAGCUGCGUGAGGUGCAAGGAAAGUGGCAGCAACAGAUCAGUCCGGAGAUCAAAGCGCAAGUCAAGGAGCUUGCGCUCAAGACUCUUGACUCUAAAGACUCUCGGGCUGGCCAGUCUGCAGCACAGUUUAUCGUCUCCAUUGCCGCCAUCGAGCUUCCUCGCAAUGAAUGGCCUGAGUUGAUGAAUGUCUUAGUGCAGAAUGUCGCGACGGGCUCAAAUCAAUUGAAGCAGGCCUCACUCGUCACAAUCGGGUUCAUCUGCGAAUCCCAAGAUGCUGAUCUUCGGGAAAGCCUGAUUGCUCACUCCAAUGCAAUCUUGACCGCUGUUGUACAAGGUGCUCGACGCGAAGAAACAAAUAUGGACAUCCGCUAUGCUGCUAUCAAAGCUCUCAGUGAUUCAGUAGACUUUGUUCGGUCCAACAUGGAUAAUGAAGGUGAACGUAACUAUAUCAUGCAAGUGGUCUGCGAGGCUACACAGGCCGAUGACCUCCGUGUUCAGGCGGGCGCAUUCGGUUGCUUGAACCGUAUCAUGGCUGCUUAUUAUGAGAAGAUGCGUUUUUACAUGGAGAAGGCUCUGUUCGGCCUCAGUAUCAUGGGCAUGAAGAGCGAGGAAGAAGAUGUUGCUAAACUAGCCAUUGAGUUCUGGUGCUCUGUUUGCGAGGAAGAAAUUGCUAUUGAGGAUGACAACGCUGCGGCGCAAGCGGAGGGUAUUCCCGAGGUCCGCCCGUUUUUCGGCUUCGCCCGCGUAGCUUGCAGAGAGGUUGUUCCUGUCUUGUUGCAGGCCAUGUGCAGGCAGGAUGAGGAUGCGACGGAUGACGAGUAUAACGUUUCUCGGGCGGCUUAUCAGGCUUUGCAACUCUAUGCUCAGUGUGUCCAGGGCGACGUCAUCCAACCUGUCCUGUCAUUCGUCGAGGAAAAUAUUCGCAAUGAGGAUUGGCGUCGCAGGGAUGCCGCAGUUGCAGCAUUCGGCGCCAUCAUGGAUGGUCCUGACCCUAAGGUCCUCGAACCCCUUGUCAAACAGGCCUUGGGUGUUCUUGUUGGCAUGAUGGAGGAUAGCUCCAUCCAAGUUCGUGAUUCGGCAGCCUAUGCCCUUGGUCGCGUAUGCGACUUCUGCUCUGAGACCCUGGACCCUGACGUGCAUCUACAACCCCUUAUUUCUUGCCUUUUCAACGGGCUUGCUAGUACCCCUAAGAUCGCCAGCUCUUGCUGCUGGGCUCUGAUGAACGUUGCCGAUCGGUUUGCCGGUGACGUUGGUGCGCAAACGAACCCUCUGUCAAAGCACUUCGAGGAAAGUGUGAAGUCUCUUCUUACUCUCACCGAGAGACAAGAUGCGGACAACCAGCUUCGGACUGCCGGAUAUGAAGUUCUGAACUCUUUCGUGACCAAUGCAGCGAACGACAGUCUGCCGAUGGUUGCAAACCUUUCCGACGUUGUGCUUCAGCGUCUGGAGCACACGAUUCCUAUGCAACAACAAGUUGUUAGUGUUGAAGAUCGUAUCACCUUGGAAGAAGUCCAAACUAGCUUAACUAGCGUGCUAUUGGCCAUCGUUCAACGCCUUGAGACUGAAAUCAAGCCCCAGGCGGAUCGCAUCAUGCACGCGAUGCUCCAGGUUUUACAGACCGUCCCUCCCAAGUCCAGUGUGCCUGAUGUUGUCUUUGCCACGGUCGGCGCUAUUGCAAGUGCACUCGAGGAUGAGUUCGCCAAGUAUAUGGAACCCUUCUCGCCGUUCCUUUACAAUGCCCUUGGCAACCAGGAGGAGCCAGGUCUCUGUGCCAUGGCCAUCGGGUUGGUCAGCGAUAUUUCCCGUGCCUUGAACGAGAAGGUGCAGCCUUACUGCGACACAUUCAUGAACUGUUUGCUUAGCACUCUGAGGAGCUCCACAAACCAACUCAAACCUGCAAUUCUUGAAACAUUUGGAGAUAUUGCGCAGGCUAUUGGAACACACUUCGAUACAUACUUGCCCGUUGUCGCACAGGUACUGCAGCAGGCAUCAACUGUAACAGCGAGCGCAGAUGUCAACAUCGAGAUGCUCGACUAUAUCGUGUCCCUUCGCGAGGGAAUCAUGGAUGCUUGGGGUGGUAUUGUUCUGUCCUACAAGGGCAAGGCGCAAGUCACCCAGCUUCAGCCUUACGUUGAAUCUAUCUUCCAGCUCCUUAACUUGAUCUCCCAGGAUCCCAACCGGAGCGAGGGGCUGAUGAGAGCCGCAAUGGGUGUUCUUGGCGAUAUCGCAGAGGCUUUUCCCAACGGAGAGUUUGCUGCCUUCUUCCGUAAUGAUUGGGUCACACAGUUGGUCAGGGAAACCAGAAAUAACAGAGAAUUCGGCCCGACCACAGUCGAGACUGCUCGCUGGGCCCGUGAGCAGGUCAAGCGUCAGGUCACUCUGUCAACCGCUGCUGCUAUGGCGUAAGCAUGGACCCUCCCGCUUACCGUGCCAUCAAUUGCUCUUUUUGAGACCACCCACCUCGGAGCAAGGCGCUCUUGUUGGCGCACUGAGGGAAGUUGCGCCCUAGAGUUGCUCCCAUUCCAUAAAAGUGAAUCCUUUCACGUGGGAUGCCCCAACGCCGUGCCGCUGAUCAAUUUAAGUUCCCAGAUGAAGUAUCCCCGUAUCAUGUGGAACGGUUGAGCGAGCUGAUACUGGUGAUACCCCUUUGAUCUAAGCACUACUACCCAGUCCAUUCAAACUUCCCCUCCCGUCCCCUACCCCCAUCGCCUUUUCCCAUCUUCCCCAGCUACCCAGUACCCUGUUGGGCGCAUUCUGUUUCUCACUUUUCGGAACCUUUACCCCCUAACGACUCCCGAGCACAUGCUGUUCUAUCGUCGCCGGCAUCUUGUUUUCUUCACUUUCUUCUCUACCUUACUAUUACCAUCGGUCCUUUCCCUGCCCUUCUCUGUUCCACGUCGUUCUAAUUAGACAAAGACCCCUAUAGCAUUAUUUACCCUCAUGUAUGCCCAAGAAGUCAUGUAAACCCUUAAGACAAACAUUGCCACGAUUUUCUCACCCUCUUCCCCGUAUAUUCUGAUUCCACAAAAGAUCCUGUAUAGAGCCAAUGAUACAACCUUGAAUAAGCCAGUA